GCCAUGUUUUUCAGCUGGAGUGGGAUGAUGUUUUACUGAGGGACAAUCAAAAGUGGGCAAAUCUUGUGCUCGGUUCAGAUUCAACAGCCGAUCACCAAUGCGAUAAGGAACGCGGAUUGAGCGCAACUCGGAUGCCUCACACUCAAGUAGCUGAUUCCAUACUGCGCGCCUUGCAGUGACGCCGGAAGAAAACGCACGCACGUACGCACGCAGACAUCCAUCCACUCAAUCGGCAGUUCUGAGCCAGAACAGGUUUAUGAUAAAACUUAUAAUCAUUCGAGUAACAUGAGCUAAGAAGGACUGAAGUAUAUGUCUCCCAUAAAUACUAUUAAGGCAGGCUUGGUUUCAAAUAAUUAUACUUUACCAAAAGCAUCUAACAGGCAGGUUAAUACAGGCGCUAGGUACAUGGUUACAACGAGCUGUAUAUUUAUAACUAAGUUAAGAAUUAAGAAUUGAGGCUAAUCUGGAGGAGGCGCUUCGCUUGCUUUGAUCUGACCACGAUUAUUAUCGGAAAAUGAACAGAAAAUGUUUUGGUGUGUGACAGGGUGCCGACAGCGAUGUAUUGCGUUUUCAUUUACAGGAUCGGCAAAAUGUAUCAGAUUCCAGUAAAGAACCUGACAAAACUCAGACGACCAAGGAAACGUGUCAAAAGUAUUUUGUGUGACAUUGGGAUGCAGCAAUGUCAAGACCUAAUAGAGACAUACAAAGGCUUUGAUGCUGGUGAUUCAAGUUUCAACAACACUGACUGGGAUGAUCUCAGUGAUGGUCAUGUUGGCAAAUGGAAAAGAAAGUAUCCAUACCGGAGCCAGACACUGUGUUGCAAUCUAUGUGGGUACUCCAGCCGGUCAGUAACCACAUUUAGAAGUCAUAUUCAUCGCUACCACAAGGAGGAGUUGGACCUGGCCAGUCUGUUAAUGUGUCCUUACUGCCCAUUUGUUAGCACUCCAAAAGUCACAGAGCAACACAUUAGGUUUUUCCACAUCCUGUCUUCAAAAGCCAAGCCCACGUUUUUUCAAAACUACACCAGCCACACUUUGGCCCACGCACCAAAAACUGUGUCAGUUACAGUCUCUGCCGAUGCUGCCGAUGACAGAUAUAUCUGUGCAACCUGUGGGUAUCAUGACUCUUUAAUAUAUGUAAUGAAAAAGCACGUCUUGGUAAACCACUAUGCUGCAUUAUUGGAUCGUUACUUUGGGCUUGGAUCAGAUAAUACACAGAAGGGUGAUGGUGAGCAAAAACGUGAUGGCACCACUGCGAAAUAUUACUGCAAAGUGUGCAAAUUGCCAGCGGAGACUAUUGAGCAUCUGCUCUAUCAUAUUUUGAGUUCGGAGAUGCACAAGGACCUUCACUGGCAGAUAAUGCCUUCCAUCAUUGAAAAAGACUGCACAAACCAAAUUGUUGGACAACAGAAUCUGCUAAGCCUUGCACCAAAAGCAAUGCAACAGGUGACGUUGCUUGCAAGACCGAACUAUAUGCAGCAGCAAACAAAUGGAAAUGGUGUCAACAAGCCUAACGGCACAGUACUUCUGGCUGGGCCGAGCAACACUGCUUUGUUUUGCUCUCCUGGCUCAGGGCAGAUGUUUCUGUCCCCACAAACACAAGCUUUACUCUCAGGCACAGCUGUGACUAUGCAUCAACAGCCCCCCUCUGGGAUCCCACAAGUCAUGCCUACCUCACCAGUGGUGAAGUCUAUUAAUAUGAUGGUGCCAAACAUGCCACAAAGUGCACCCAAUACAUUGCCCAUUACUAUGACCGUUCCCAGGCGACCACAAGCUCAGCAAUCACAGCAGGUUCUUUUUCCACCCGCUGUUCAGGUCAACCUCCCAGGCGAAAUGGGUGUACGUCCACCCUUCCUUGUUACCCAAGGUCUUCAGCUGAAUCAGUCAGUUCCCAGAGCUCCUCUCUUAGCCUCCCAGUCUGUGCGUCUCAUUCCAACAGGCAACAAAGUAAACGGUGUUCCGACCUACACUCUAGCACCUGUUCAAGUCACAAUGCCUGUCCAGGGCAGUCCUGCUCAAAUGGUUUUGACACAAAACACUCCUCAGAUCAGCCAGCCUACAAAUACGGCAGUAGUGCCUGCUGGUCUUAUGCCUACAUGUCAGAGGGCAAUAAAUAAAAAUAGUGUACCAAACAAGUUGGCUGUGCUUGCUCCGUUUUUGAAAAAACAUGAUGAUCGCACUGUCAAGUGUCUGAAGUGCAAGAUUUUCCUGAGAGAGCAGGGAAUUUUUCAGCAUCUGUUGCAUGGCUUGAAGUGUCUGUUCUGCCCUCUGAUGUUCUACUCCUUCAAGCAAGUCAUGGAGCACUCAAAUAAAGAGCACAGUCUCAAAAUCAAAGAAAACCGCAAUUUCAUAAAAGAACAGUUUAAUCUUGAUAGUGACAGUGAGGGCACCCUGAUAUUUACUACCUUUAAUUUAAACACAGAUGUGCCCAAGGAUCUCCUUGAAAACAGAGAACUCAACCUUGCACUGAUCACCAGCUCUCAAGAUAAAAUUUACAUAAAAAUGUAUCCAGAUAAGGCAGAAUACGCAACCACAUUGAAGGCAACAUCUACCAAGUGUCCAUUUUGUCCAGUCAAGUUCGAGAUCUCUGAAGAUUACGAGCAGCAUCUUCAAGCAAAACACCACACCGUUCCCACCAUUCAUGCAAUAUUAAAAACUCCUGCUUUCAAAUGCGUAUAUUGUUUUGGAGUGUAUUCUGAAAAAUCGACACCAAAAACAAUCUCCAUCCAUGUGCAACGGUGUCGCUGUGCUCCACAAGCAGUCAAGGAUGCAGAGAGGCAACUGAAUCCAGAUCCAAUAGGACACACUGAUGGUGAAUUCAACAAUUCUGCUCAGGUGGGAGAUUCUUCAGAAAUUGCCAAUCAGGGUGGGAAGGAUUUUGUCAAGGCAAAGAGAGAGGUAAAUGUGCAGAAGAGCAGAAAAAGGAAUCAGAGAGUUUCAAAGGCAGAAGUCCCUCAAACUCCAGUCCAGCUUGUCUUGGACCCAGCAGAGAUGGCAUUUGCAUCUUUUGAAGACAGAAAAGUAUUCCUUUCAAGGUACUUCCACCUCAAGCCAUACUUGACAAAGGCUGAAACCGAAAUGCUUGCUUCCCGUUUGUAUAUAAACAAAGCUGAUGUAAAGACUCACUUUAAUUCCAAGCUCACCAAGUGCUUGAAAGCAAUUCAGAAGAAGAAGGUUCGUGUGCGUCUUGGGUUCAGAAUGAAUGAUGUUAACAAGUUGAAACAUAAUCUCUUCAUUCCAGAGGUGCAGCCUGUUAAACAAAUUGUAUAAAGGUGUUUAGUAGAUGGAAGAUUUUUGUAUACAGCAUGUUCAGACUAGGAUGUCAACCAUUGUAAGAUGUUUAUUUAAAAUGAUUGGAUUUCCACAUUUAUGAGAUGGUUUCCUCUUGGCUUUUGUCAGUUCUGAAAAGGGGAAAUUACAGCAAUGCUGAAAAGUAAUUCGAUCACCAACCUUGAACUCUACACUCUACAUUUUUGUAUUUUUGUUGUAUAUAGUUCAUAUGACAAUGAUGUUCAGACGUUUUUGUACACAACUUUACUGUAAAAAAAACGCUCAGUUUUGCAUUUUAUAUUGAAGUCAUAUAUGUUUGGGACACUUAAUAUAAAUUUGGGGAAGGCUGUAUUGAAAUAGUCCUGCAUCUAACAUUUAUACUAGGACUAUAAAGAAAGUGAAGGUAUGGUAAACUAUUACCACUAACUGACAAACCAGUUAGCAUUUUAUCAGCUGCAUCACUGUGAGGGACACUUUAUAGUGUUUGUAUGUUCAUUCUUUCAUAAAGUACACUGUUAUUUCAGAAAUUUUAAAAAGAUAAGUGCCUCUGUGUCCUCUAAUAUUUUCAGUUGUAUUUGACCCUCAAAUUAAACGUGACUAAACAUUACAAGUGUGUUUUAGUCAGUAAAGAUUUGAUUGCGAUUUACCAAAUAUGAUUUCCCAUUUUUAUUAAUUUAUUGGUAAAGACGGUUCUCAUAAUGUGCGUUUUAAAUAUCUGUCAGCCGCGUCGAUCGACUUGAUCUGGAUUAAUUUAGUUCCCCCUUC